AUGAAUCGACACCUGGUAGUCUUCUCCAACGGAUCUAGAAAUUGCAUUGGGCAAAACCUUGCCAUCAUCGAGCUGAAGCUGGCACUCAGCCAGAUCGUGCUCAAUUUUGAGCCGGGAGAGGCCAUGGAACCCGAGCUGGAGUAUGAGGAGUACUUGGUAUAA